GGAGGAGGAGGAGGAAGCGGCGGACGCUGGGCCCGCGGCGCGGCGCGCCUGGUCCGAUCUAUCUUUUAAAAUUGAGCCCCACAAUGAAGGUCAGAGGGUGCCAUCGUUGAAGAAAAGGUCACCCCUUAAAGCGCCAGCCCUCCUCAAGAGUGCCCAGUGGAGAAUGUGAUGGGAUCGGUAGCAUGUCUCUGGAGAGCGGCUCUGGGACAAGAUUGAGGAGUCUGCCCGUGAUGGGGGAUGGACUAGAAACUACCCAGAUGUCCACGCCGCAAGCCCAGCCCCAGCCCCAGCCAACCGCCACAGCCAGCGCCAACCCCCCACCGCCUGAGACCUCCAACCCUAACAAGCCCAAGAGGCAGACUAACCAGCUGCAAUACCUGCUCAAAGUGGUGCUCAAGACACUAUGGAGACACCAGUUCGCGUGGCCUUUCCAGCAGCCUGUGGACGCUGUCAAGCUCAACCUCCCUGAUUACUACAAGAUCAUUAAGACGCCCAUGGACAUGGGAACGAUAAAGAAGCGUUUGGAAAACAACUAUUACUGGAAUGCUCAGGAAUGUAUUCAGGACUUCAACACAAUGUUUACAAACUGUUACAUCUACAACAAGCCUGGAGAUGACAUCGUCUUAAUGGCUGAAGCCCUGGAGAAGCUCUUCUUGCAAAAAAUCAAUGAAUUGCCCACCGAGGAGACUGAGAUCCUGAUUGUCCAGGCGAAGGGACGAGGCCGGGGGAGGAAAGAAGCAGGGACAGCCAAGCCCGGUGUCUCCACGGUACCAAACACGACGCCAGCAUUGACGCCACCCCACACCCAGACCCCUCAGGCUAACCCACCGCCUGUGCAGGCCGCACCCCACCCUUUCCCUGCCGUCACCCCAGACCUCAUCGUCCAGACACCUGUUGUGACAUUGAUGCCCCCCCAGUCCCUGCAGCCGCCCUCAUCGGUGCCAACGCAGCUUCCUCCCCCUCCUCCCCCGCCACCUCCUCCCCCUCCUCCCCCGCCAGCCCCCCAGCCUGUGCAAAGCCACCCGCCCAUCAUUGCAGCCACCCCGCAGCCUGUGAAGACAAAGAAGGGGGUGAAGAGGAAAGCAGACACCACCACCCCCACCACCAUCGACCCCAUCCACGAGCCACCCUCACUGCCACCGGAGCCCAAGGCCACCAAGCUGGGCCCACGGCGGGAGAGUGGGAGGCCCGUGAAGCCCCCGAAGAAGGACGUCCCUGACUCGCAGCAGCACCCGGUACCCGACAAGAGCAGCAAAGUCUCCGAGCAGCUCAAGUGCUGCAGCGGCAUCCUCAAGGAGAUGUUUGCCAAGAAGCACGCGGCCUAUGCCUGGCCCUUCUAUAAACCUGUGGAUGUGGAGGCACUGGGCCUGCAUGACUACUGCGACAUCAUCAAGCACCCAAUGGACAUGAGCACAAUCAAGUCUAAACUGGAGGCUCGCGAGUACCGCGACGCUCAGGAAUUUGGUGCCGACGUCCGAUUGAUGUUCUCCAACUGCUACAAGUACAACCCUCCCGACCACGAGGUGGUGGCCAUGGCUCGGAAGCUCCAGGAUGUGUUCGAGAUGCGUUUCGCUAAGAUGCCAGAUGAGCCUGAGGAGCCUCUGGUGGCUGUGUCCUCGCCUGCUGUGCCUCCCCCGACUAAGGUGGUGGCCCCGCCCUCAUCCAGUGACAGCAGCAGCGACAGCUCCUCAGACAGUGAUAGUUCCACUGACGACUCUGAGGAGGAACGGGCCCAGCGCCUGGCUGAGCUCCAGGAACAGCUCAAAGCCGUGCACGAGCAACUCGCAGCCCUUUCACAGCCUCAGCAGAACAAGCCAAAGAAGAAAGAGAAAGACAAGAAGGAAAAGAAGAAAGAGAAGCACAAAAAGAAAGAAGAAGUAGAAGAGACGAAGAAGAGCAAAGCCAAGGAGCCCCCUCCCAAGAAGACGAAGAAAAACAACAGCAGCAGCAACAACAACGCCAGCAAGAAGGAGCCAGCGCCCGUGAAGAACAAGCCGCCGCCGGCAUAUGAGUCUGAGGAGGAGGACCGCUGCAAGCCCAUGUCUUACGAGGAGAAGCGACAGCUGAGCCUGGACAUCAACAAGCUGCCUGGCGAGAAGCUAGGCCGUGUGGUGCACAUCAUCCAGUCUCGAGAGCCCUCACUCAAGAACUCCAACCCUGACGAGAUCGAGAUCGACUUUGAGACCCUGAAGCCGUCCACCCUGCGAGAGUUGGAGCGCUACGUCACGUCUUGCCUGCGCAAGAAGAGGAAGCCCCAAGCAGAGAAAGUGGACAUGAUGGCCGGCUCCUCCAAGAUGAAGGGCUUCUCAUCCUCGGAGUCGGAGAGCACCAGCGAGUCCAGCUCCUCCGACAGUGAAGACUCCGAGACAGAGUUGGCUCCAAAGUUAAAGAAGAAGGGCCACCCUGGGCGGGAGCAGAAGAAGCAGCAGCACCACCACCAGAUGCAGCAGGUCCCUGUUCCUGUGCCCCAGCAGCACAACACUCCACCACACCUCAACCAGCACGCCGUGGUCUCCCCACCAGCUUUGCACAACGCGCUGCCCCAGCAGCCCUCUCGGCCCAGCAACCGCGCAGCCGCCCUGCCCCCCAAGUCGGCCCGGCCCCCAGCUGUGGCACCCACCCUGGCCCAGCCAACCUUACUCCCUCAGCCACCUAUGACCCAGCCCCCGCAGGUGCUGCUGGAGGAGGAAGAGCCUCCCGCCCCACCCCUCACCUCCAUGCAGAUGCAGCUCUACCUGCAGCAGCUGCAGAAAGUGCAGCCGCCCACCCCGCUACUCCCUUCCGUGAAGGUGCAGUCCCAGCCCCCACCCUCUCUACCACCCCCGCCCCACCCAGUGGUGCAGCAGCAGCUUCAGCCCCCACCACCACCCCAGUCCCAGCCGCCCCAGCCUCAGCCACCCCCUCAGCCGCCGCAGCACCCACCGCCCCCGCGGCCCGUGCAUCUACAAUUCCCCGCUCACAUCCAGCAGCCACCCCCACCACCUAGCCAGCAGCCCCCCCACCCAGCCCCAGGCCAGCAGCCACCCCCACCACCUCCCGCCAAGCCACAGCAAGUCAUCCAGCACCACCCCUCACCCCGGCACCACAAGUCGGACCCCUACUCUACAGGUCACCUCCGAGAAGCCCCGUCCCCGCUUAUGAUACAUUCCCCCCAGAUGCCACCGUUCCAGAGCCUGACGCACCAGUCCCCGCCCCAGCAGAACGUCCAGCCGAAGAAGCAGGAGUUACGUGCUGCCUCUGUGGUCCAGUCCCAGCCCCUGGUGGUGGUGAAGGAGGAAAAACUGCACUCGCCCAUCGUCCGCAGCGAGCCUUUCAGCCCUGCACUACGGGCGGAGCCCCUCAAGCACCCAGACAGCAUCAAGGCACCUGGCCACCUGCCCCAGCGGCCGGAGCUGAAGCCCGUGGACCCUGGGCGGCCUGUAGUUCGGCCCCCUGAGCAGAAUCCUCCUCCGCCUGGGGCCUCAGACAAGGACAAGCCAAAACAGGAGCCCAAGACGCCAGUUGCUCCUAAGAAGGACCUGAAAAUUAAGAAUAUGGGCUCCUGGGCCAGCCUGGUGCAGAAGCAUCCGACCACCCCGUCCUCUACUGCUAAGUCGUCGAGCGACAGCUUUGAGCAGUUCCGUCGAGCAGCGAGGGAGAAGGAGGAGCGGGAGAAGGCACUGAAGGCGCAGGCAGAGCACGCCGAGAAGGAGAAGGAGCGGCUGCGGCAAGAGCGCAUGAGGAGCCGUGAAGAUGAGGAUGUGCUGGAGCAGGCUCGGCGUGCCCACGAGGAGGCGCGCCGGCGCCAGGAGCAGCAGCAGCAGCAGCGCCAGGAGCAGCAGCAGCAGCAGCAGCAAGCUGCCGCUGUGACCGCUGCUGCCCCCCAGGCCCAGAGCUCCCAGCCCCAGUCCAUGCUGGACCAGCAGCGGGAGCUGGCCCGGAAGCGGGAGCAGGAGCGGAGGCGCCGGGAAGCGAUGGCAGCUACCAUUGACAUGAAUUUCCAGAGUGAUCUAUUGUCAAUAUUCGAAGAAAAUCUUUUCUGAGAGCACCUAGGUGACUGUUCUGACUUUGAUUUUCUGGCAAAACGUCAACUCUCAUAGUGUUAGGGGCGGCGACGGUGGCGGCAACAGCAGUGCAGCGAGGUGGCGGCGUGGCCCUCCUACAUGCUUUGCCCGGGCAGGCCUAAGGGCAGCGAAGGCCACCAGGCCUGUCUGCCUUAUUGCUGCCAGACACUCAGAUGCCGAGCAGUACACACCUCCCGGGCGAACGUGCUGCUGGACCCAGGCUGUGCAGCCUCCACGCCAAAUGUCCGAGCCGUGUGCACACACCACCGUUGCCACUGCUGCGACAGUCUUCUGUCCACGAAAACGGGAUGCUCCUGCCUGCAGGAGCCCCUACGACUCCGCCAUGCCACGCCACACGGGAUCCCCGGCCCCCUCGGCAAGCCCGCGAGCUGGAGGCACUCGUGCCGUGCACCCGUCGGCGCUGACUUUGCCUUGAACAGACACCCCCCCUC